CGUCUAUGUGUACCACUUGAUCGCAGCUCUUUGGUCCCGCCCACUGAUGACGCCUGCCGUCGUCCGCUAUCCAUCCGAGGCGCAGCACAUCUGAAUUCCGUUGGUGUCAGCCGAAGAAAAACAAGCAGGAUACACGUAAUUUCAUAGUUGGUCACAAGACAAAGAUGGCAUCAGGCAGUAUGAGCAGUGAAGAGGAGCGGAGCCUUCGAGAGUGUGAGCAGUAUGUCCAGAAGCACAACAUCCAGCAGCUGCUGAAGGACUGCAUCAUCCAGCUGUGCAUGGCUCGGCCAGACAGGCCCAUGGCCUUCCUCAGGGACUACUUUGAAAGACUGGAAAAGGAGGAGGCUCAGCAGAUUGCUUCCCAGCAGAAGUCUCGCUCGCAGUCAGAUUCCCGUGAGGAAGAAGUUUCUCCACCCAUGAACCCUGUGGUGAGGGGUCGGAGCCGGAGAGGAGCCAUCAGUGCUGAAGUCUACACUGAGGAAGAUGCUGCUUCCUAUGUCAGAAAGGUCAUCCCAAAAGACUACAAGAGCAUGGCUGCCCUGUCCAAAGCCAUGGCUAAGAAUGUACUGUUUGCCCACUUGGACGACAAUGAGAGGAGCGAUAUUUUUGAUGCAAUGUUUUCUGUCAACUACAUUGCUGGAGAAACAGUCAUCCAACAAGGUGAUGAGGGAGACAACUUCUAUGUCAUCGACCAGGGAGAGAUGGAUGUUUAUGUGAACAAUCAGUUUGUGACCAGCAUUGGUGAGGGAGGCAGUUUUGGGGAGCUGGCUCUGAUCUAUGGGACCCCUCGUGCAGCUACAGUCCGGGCCAAGGAUAACGUCAAGCUGUGGGGCAUCGACAGAGAAAGCUACAGGAGAAUACUGAUGGGAAGCACUCUGAGAAAGCGCAAGAUGUAUGAGGAGUUCCUCAGCAAGGUUUCCAUUUUAGAGUCUCUGGACAAGUGGGAGCGUCUGACAGUGGCUGAUGCCUUGGAGACGGUGCAGUUUGAGGACGGCCAGAAAAUAGUGGUGCAGGGAGAGCCUGGUGAUGAGUUCUUCAUCAUCCUGGAGGGGACAGCAGUGGUGCUCCAAAGGCGGUCAGUGGACGAGGAGUUUGUGGAGGUCGGCAGACUCGGAACGUCAGAUUACUUUGGUGAGAUCGCCCUGCUGAUGAACCGGCCCCGUGCUGCCACUGUUGUUGCAUGCGGACCCCUUAAGUGUGUCAAACUGGACCGGCUGCGGUUUGAGCGACUCCUGGGCCCCUGCUCUGACAUCCUGAAGAGAAACAUUGAGCAGUACAACAGCUUCGUUUCCCUCUCUGUCUGAGCUUGUCAGCAGCUAGCAGACUCUACUGCAGGGUUCACCAGCGCUUUAUUUUCUUACUUCUGCUUUCUCUUUCACAUAUAUUAACACACUGACCUGACCCAAACAAGAUCAGUUUCAUACCUUUGUUAUUCCUCUUUUUUAUUCUCUUAUUUAUUUUAUUUUUCAUUAUGUACUCAGAUGGUUUGGGUUGUGUGAAGGAGAGACUUUUAUGAGUGUUUCUUCAUCACCAAAUAGCAGUUUAGCUGCCGAAAUAAAAAAAGUGGUGUAUGCAUAAUCCACUGUGCAUUCACACUGUUAUCAUUGUGAGUUCAGAAGUAUAUAAGUAAGUAUAUACUGAUCACCAAAUGUCAUCAAAAUUACAAUAUUUGUAUAAAAUACACAUGAUAUUACGUGAUGGGGACAAAUUAUCAGGCACAAUUUCAUUCAAUGUGUGAAUGAAAUAGUCGAGUCAAAUUAAAACAGGAAUGAUGUGAAGAGAAGCAACAAGCAAUCUGAAUUGCAAGCUCAUUUGUUACAUUUUUCAGUCUUAAGUCACAUGUUGACUGUGUGAAUGCUCAGUUGUUACAGAGAUGCUGUGACAGAAGGUUCCAUGCUGACUGAGGAAGCUUUAAGUUUGUGACGCGGUACGCCAAAAGAUUUGUCUCUGUUUGUUGCUGCUCUUUUCUCUUUGUUGAGAUGUUUUUAGCCAUGCUAGCAACAGGUUUCCAGGAAUGACAGUGUUGCUCAGAUAGUCCACCACUAUGGUCCGGACUGAAAUAUUUACCACAAAUUUGCCAUACAGUCUGGUCAUCCACCUUCUCCUGGGGAUGGAGAGUCACGGUUCAUUAUUGUCGUUCUUCAAUUCAGGGUUGCUUAACAAAAAAAACAUGAUUUGGGAAAGAAGCUGCUUUGUAGUCUGGUAGCAGGGUGAACCGACUGUGGCUGGGGUGGGUGUUCUAGUAUUCUUUGGGCUCUCUGCAGACAUCUUGCUUAACCGAUAUCACUGAUGCUCUGUAGAUGGGCACCAGAUUCUGGGUGAUACUCUCCUCAACUCUUCUUCUGGUGCCACAGUUUGUCUAAAACUUUGACCAAAUCAAUGAGCAAAUACCCGCUUAACUUAUGACAUUCCCAGUAGCCUCAGCUGUACUUGUUGGUAAUUAACAAAUGUUAGUAUGCUAACGUGCUUAACUAAGAUGGUAGCCAUCUGCUGAUCAUAAGCAUAUUAUAGUCACUGUGACUGUAUCAGGAUGCUGGUUUUAGCAUUUAGUUCAAAGCACUGCUUUGCCCAAGUACAACCUCAGCUAGCGUGUCUGGGGUUUUUUCUUUUUUUUUUUUUCUUUUUUUCUUGUUUUUUUUUUUUUAAACCUUUCUUAAAGGAUUGCUUUGACACUGAUACAAGUGGUUUCCCUGUAUCUUGUUACACAGUUUGACAACAGUACCAGCUAGUUAUUACCACUUAACUGAUGGAAGUGUAAAUAAUGAUAAGUACAUAUUCAGUAACAUUUUCUCUUAGUAUUCACUUUGGUCUUUAAAUAUCAAUAUAUUUCUAGGUGAAAUGCCCCUUAUAAUUAGCUGUGUUUGUUAAAGGAUACACAAAAUGUCCAGGUAGUCCUUUAACUUAGCUGACGUGAUCUUCUGUCCUAUUCACAGUACUGCUACAGAUCUAUAGAUUGAGAGGAAAUUACUAUAUUUUUGCACAUUUUGUGAUAUACAACACUAUAUAAUCAAAGCGCAAAUGUUUAUAUGUUGUUACGAGACGUUUUAGUGUAUGCCUGAUCUUGUCAUAUAAAGCGAGCACAGGCCAGUACUAACAAAACAAAAAAGAAAUCUCUUGUUACCUGUUGGAAGAGCCAAAUAUGAUGCUGGGAUUUUACAUAUAUUUUAAAGUCUUAAAAAGGAACACAUUUUUUUUUUUUCUGAAGGUUUGUAUUAGUGUUGGACACAAACAAUGUGAUGUUUUUCUUUCUUUUACUUAAUUAGCCAGUGAAAGGGACAUCAGAAGUGCUGCAAACACGUUGUUGAUGUAACUUUCAGACACAUUUUUAAGAAAAUCAGCCCACUUGCAAAUAUGUCACAUCAAAACUGUUCACAGUGGCAGAGACAUGGAUUCGCAAUAGCAGGCUCCAAAUAUGUUAUUUUGUGACCCAGAUAUAUCAUCACAUUAAAAUGAAACAUACUGUAGACCAAGCAGGACUGGCAGCAAACAUCAGCAGCUUGCAGAACUCUGUGAAGGUUCCCAGGGGUCUCUGGGACCACAAUGCAGCACUGACUGGCUCACUGACAGUUUGGUCAGAUCAAUUAAGAUGUACUGAUUUCGCUAAAAUACCAAGCUAACAAACUAACCAAGUAAAGCAGUAGUGGUUUUUGUAAAAGUAGUCCGUUGAUAAAUCCCUUGUACACUGUAAAUCAGUCUGUCUUUGCAAUAAGCGAUCAAGGUCACUUAUCCCAAAUCAAGUUUGUCACAUUGCCUUUAUAAGUUUGUGUUCUUUGUUAUAUGAUAGAGUGAUUUGUCCGUUUGCCCCAUAUACUCAGGUUGAAAACUUCUGAAAAUUGACCUUGUUCCGAAAUAAGUGCAAAAAAUGUCAUUUCAUAUCAAAUCAAACAACAGGCUUCUCAAAAACAUCUAGAAUAGCACUCAAAGCUGUAUGGUUGGGAGACAGAUUUAGAAAGAAUUGUCAGGAUAUCUUUGCAGCAGAGGUCGAGAGAUCCUGACUCUUAAAUCUCAAGUAUCCAUGCUCCAAAAUCCUUGGAUCCUAGUUUUCCCAUGAUGGUGUCCCAUAGUAAUGUCCUCUAGGUGUCUAGUGAACACCCAGAAGCCAGUGUCUUCAGUUUAUACAGCAGGCUUUUUGUUAAACAUUUGUCAUCUCCAAGCCCAAGAUAGCUGCAAUAGCCCUGAUCAUUACUGUGGUUUUUUUUUUCACAGAUUUUAGUACCACAGAAUACUUUGUACAACUUGUUGUCUUAGGCUGAAUGAUGAGGAAACCCCUAUUAAUGUGUAAAAUUGGUGGAGUUCCUCAUCAAUGAAUCAUCAGUUUGUAAUCAAGACAUUAUGUCCAUUAUGUCAGAUAAAUGAACAUGAUUAAAUUGGCACUUUUUGUACUAAUAUCAAAAUAGAUUUUUUUCAGAUACUUCACUGUCACAAACAGCUAAACAUUUUGUACAGUAUCUGUAUUGAUAAGAGCCGGAGUGUAUAAACGUUAAAUGGUGUCUGAACAGAUACAGCCACACGUAUAUUCUUCAACUUUUCUUCAAUCAGAAACCUUCAGAUCGGUAAAGAAGACGAUGAGGAUUGAAUGUGAGCUUUGAGUAUUGAAUCCCAAAUGAAGAUGCACAUUGUGGUUGGAAUCAAAAAGGUAUUGAGGUUUGAUAGCCAGCUCCAUCUGUCAGUAAACACAUGAUCAGAUGGUAAGGUUACAGUCCCUGCCUUAUACUCUUUGCUAAUGCUUGUCAUUUUUGCCGUUUCGUGUCUCCUCCUCUCUCACAUCUACUCUCACUGUAUUUUGCUGCAUUCAUCCUAUGCAGUCAUGUUGGAAGACCUGCCAAUUAGUUUUGGCCUUAACAUUUAUCUUCGUUUAUUUUCUAAACAUGUAAAUCAUUGCAGUGUGAUUUGUUUGAUGUUUUUAUUCUGAACACACAUAAUCACAAAUCGUCAUGGACCUGCUGUGUUUUUCAAAGAUGUCUUAAUUCACUAGUGUUUGCACCGUUUUGUCAUAUACAGUAUGGUGUCAUUUGGACUUGGUACUGCAUUUUUCUUGUUUAUCAACUGUAUCUUACGACUUUUACAGUUGUUCAGACUUACUAGAUGGUCGAAAGCUAAAUCAGCAAGCGAUAGUCUGAAUAUUUAGAGCUGAACUCAGAAACCUGUGUCGUUGUUGAUUUUCUGCCUUAGUGUUCCAGCUCACUGUGCUCCACUCAGUCAGUGCAGAAGCCUGCCGUGAGUCUCUCCAGAGGACCAUUCUUUUUGUGCCUUUCCUCAGAUUGUGAGUGAUUGGGUUUUAAUGUUGGUGUGUUUUGGAUUUCUCUGUAGGACCUCCUUACAGCAGUUCAAGCAAUAAAGAAAUCAGUGUUUUCAU